AUGGCGCGAGUAUUGAGAUUUUUCACCGCCAGACAGAUUCAUCUGACAGCUGGUCCUCAAGCUGGAGGAUUAUUUAGGGCUAGACGUCGCCUACCUCCCAGUAACAACGAAUGGGGACCAUUAACCGAUUUGCCGGACUACACUGUCAUAGGAAAGGCUAACCCUCAAUUUACAAGCCAAGGGCAAAGAAGACGAGCUAUUAAGCAAUACAAAGUAUCUACGAAAAUAAUCCAGUUGAUUGGCGAAAUGAAAGAAACUCAAGAAAAGUAUGUUAAAAAUAUGGAAAUGGAGGAGAUCAAUACCAAAAUAUUAAAACAGCAGUGUCUUCGAGAGAAAGGGAAUCGAAGUGCAUAG